AUGUCUUACAUUAUGGCCACGAAGACUUCCAAGGAGGUCAACAAGGCAUCACCAGGACCCAUAAGAGAAUUCUAUUGGCCUAGCAUGUACGCGGAUUUAGAACACUUUGUGAAGGAAUGUGUUGAUUGUGCGAGCGGAAAAAGAAAACCCCCAAACGCCGGAGCAUCGCCCGGGAAUAUCGAACCCCGACAACCUUUUGAAGUCGUGUCGAUGGACUUUGUGACGCACAUGCUAAGGUCCGAUCGAGGAAACACGUUUUUACUGCUGUUUCAAGAUAUGUUUUCGGGAUACGUAGUGUGCAAGCCGAUGAAUUCAACAACCGCUCAGGACGUCGCGUAA